CUUGAGUAUAUACCUGAUAGGCCUCUAUGUAAGUGAUACACAAAAAAAUGUAAUAUAGGCUUAUAGUUUCCUUUCUGUCUUGGCUAUUGUGCACAUCUUUCUUUUAUUUUCAGUUUUAGAUAUUAAAAUUGGAUUGGUAAACGAGAUACAUCAGUUUUUAUAUUUUUAAAAGUAAAGAUUGUAAAAUCAUUUGAAGUCUCAGUUAACGUGGAAUGUGGUAUCAUCUAUUCUCCCAGUAUCAUAAUUUUCUGAAGCCCUUUGAGUAUCUGACUCAAAUCCAAUCAGUCUUUCCUUCUCCUCCCUCUCUCUCUUCCUUUCUCCUCCUCUCUCUUCCUCUCUCCUUGUCUUAAUUUAGCUCAUAAUCAUUGUAGAUUUCAAAAGUUAAUUCAAUUGAUUUUAUCUUUUUACAUGAUUAUUUCUUUGUAAUCACAAUGAUUUGUUAAUCAUUUGCAUUCUAGUCACACAUAUCAUGAUUUCUUGUGGCGUGAGUUUACGUACGGGUUUGUUUGAUGAAUGCAGGAGUGUAGCAGUAUGUGUGUGUAAUGGACAUCUGUGUCUUGUGUGUAUAUGACAGUAUACCAUAGGCUUCAUCCACCACGCUCUCUGACCUCAUCUGCCUUUUCAUUUGUUAUGUGUGAACUGCAUUCUCUGCACAGUACUCUCCCCACACUUCAUCCUGACUUGAUCCCAGCUGCAUUGAGCUCAGAGAUGAAAUGAUGAUGACCUGAAAGUGAAAUUGAUGUAUUGAUUGCUAGCCUAAGCUAAGCGCAGCUAAGAAAUCGGCUGAAGCUAUCCUAUGCACGGUAGCAUGCGAGUAGUACCAGCUUCUCCCAAAUAUAUUGCAUCGCAAAACCCUCGAGCUUGGGCUUUUCAAAAGGAAGUGAUUGCAGCUAGAUGAAGAAGUCUUCCCUUCAUAUUAGGUGAUGGAUCCCACUUGUGAAAUCUCAAGAAUUAAUUUUCACAGAUGGUGGAAUGAGCUCCAUUUUAAUGGAUACGAGAGAGUCUCGAAAGAGGGCAGCAAGCCAGAAGCUUAGCAAAGAGGGCAGCAGUCAGGUGAAGCAAAAAGCUGUAGGACUUAAGGCUCCUGAGACGAGGGCAAAGUCUGUGACAGGCAAGGGAGCAGAAGAUGCAGGAUUGCGGGAAAAGACUAAACCUUCAUCAAUGACAGAGAAAACAACUAGUGGAUCCUCUGAUAAAAAGCCAAAAGAGCGUCUCUCCACUAGAUCAGUGACUACUAGAAGUGCUGCAUCAUCACAAAACUUAAAACAACAAGCAUCUCAGAUGGAAAAUGAGAGUGGAGGGAAGCAAAAUACUAUACCUGUGAACAUCAGUAAGAAGUCGGUCAUACGUAUUACCAGGAAUACUGAGACACAGAUCAAUGAUAGUCUUAAAGGUACCAAAGGAAGCAAAACAAAAACUGAGAAGAAAUCAGAUGGUAGUGAUCAUGGACAGUCUAACCAAGAGAGUGGCAUGAAGAAUACAUCUACAAUUGGUAAAUCAAAUGGCAAAACUAAAACUGAUAGUACUGGUGAGAGUGCUGCUAAAACAAAAAAUGCCCCAAUUGCACUCCAUACCAUACCAGUCCCACCAAUGAAACCCAGUACAGACCUCAAGACAUCCUCUGUUGUACAAAGUAGUGCUUCUAAAAGUGGUUCUAGCUCGGAUAGUCAGUCAAACCUGAAACAUUCUGAGAAGGGUGAUAUGGGGAUCAGUAAUGUUAAUAAAGAUUUCAGUUUGAGUAUGGCUACUCUUUCAGCUAAAGAUAUUCCUUUGCCAGAAAAUCCCUCUCCCAAGACCUCUAUUGCCAUUACUCCCAAGGCCACUGUUGCCAUUACUCCAAAAUCUGUCACAACUACUCCCAAAAUCACAGUUCCGAUUGUUGCCAAAACCUCUGUUCCCAAUCCUCUUAAAAUUCCUGUUUCCACUGCUCCCAAAGCUACCAAUCCCAAUUCUCCUAGAGUUACUCUUGCAGUCACUCCGAAGACGUCUGUCUCGGUUGUUGCCAAAACCACUAAUCCUCUUGCUCCAAAGAUUUCAGCUCCUAUUCCUAAGGCCACUCUUCCCAAUGCACCUAAGUUAUCUGUUCCCUCUCUUCCUAAAGAUGAUACCCUUCAAAAGGAACCUGCAGAAAAAGAAGAGAGUAAGACGGAUCUUGCUUCCAGUGGAGCAGAGGUUGUAAAAGAGAGUAUAGAAGAGUUUUACAAGAGACAUGAAACUGAAAGUUUUGCUGCCUUAGAAAAUGAAUUGAAAGCUAUUUCAUUCCCUGUAAAACUUGGAGAUGUUGAAGAUGGAUAUCUACCAAUUCUUUCUAAAGAUUACAAGAGAACUUUGUCUUGGCCUACAGAAAUGGUAUUGAAAACUCAGGUAACCCCAUCACUUGCAUAUAGUGUGAAUCCUUUGGCUUACGAUUUCAAAAGUGUACUGGGCAAAGGUAAACAAAAAUCUAGUGAAAAUACUUUGAGGAAUGGAGAGCAUAAAUCAGAUAAAGCAAAAAAGAGAAAGAGAAAGCGAAAGAAGAAGAAAAGAUCAAAGAGUCGUCAUCAUGCACAUGGAUCGGAUUAUGAAUCAGAUGCAUCAGACAGUGGCAAGAAGCACAGAAGAAAGAAACACAGGAAAAAGAGACAUCAUUCAUCCAAAGAUAGAGGACAUAAAAGGAGCCAUGAUAGUUCAGAUGAUCACUAUAAAUCUGGUCAUUCUAAGAGGAGGAGAAGCCGCUAUUCAGACAGUGAGGACAGUUGUGACGGUGACAGGAGGCGAAGGAAAAGCUCCUACAGUGAUGAUGAUUAUCGGAAGUCCAGCAGCUCAAAGCGAAGACACCGAUCUUCUAGUUAUUCAUCUUACUCUGACAGAGAUGAUAGAUCCUCCAGAAGGCAGCGUAGCUACCAUAGUGAUAGCUACAGUGAUGAAGAUAGAAGCAGAAGUAAAAGGUCCAGACAUAGCCGAAGUUUGUCAAGAUCUCCAAGACGCCAUAGACGUAGCUACUCACGAUCAAGGAGCAGGUCACCUAAGGUUGAAAGGGGAAAGGGGGUUGUUCAGGAAAAAAUGAAGCAAGAUAUAAGUAAGAUCAAAGCUACUGAUCGUGCAGGUAGUUGUGGUGCUUUAAAGGAAUGGGUAAGACAAGCGUUAAAAGAGAGCAAGGCUUCGGAUCCUGCUCUGCAAUCUGAUCGACCAUCUACAUCAAUAUUAAGUAAAACAAAAGAAAAGAUUUCAGACUUGAUUCAUACUCUCUCAAAUGUUGAAGACAAAACACAUGUUCCAGAAGGCAAAGGACUAAUUGUAAAGCAAAGCAAAACAGGUAAAACACAAAUCUCGGGUAAACCAAUUCCUGAUUCACCUCCUUUACAAUCUGUAAAACAAGAAGGUCAGAAAACACAAAGUAGUUGCGCUUUCCAAAGUGAUUCCGAAAAUAGAGGAGGAAGUGAAGCAAAUGAAGGGAAAGAUGAUGCAUUCAAAGUUCCCAAUGCACCCAUUGUAAAGGAAGAAGAAGGAACCAAGGACAAGUCUGAAGAUGGUGGUCCUGUAUCAAUUCCACCUGAAGAAAUGGAAAAAUACAAGCAAUUGGAGCAGCAAGCUAGGUUGCAUGUACAGCAAAAAUUAAUGCAGGCCCAAGGUCAAGGGACCGGACAGUCUUCACAAACAUCUGUGGCAGUGGAACAACAACAGCUACUUGCACAGGAAGCAGGAUUGCAACAGCAAGUAGAAACAAUUGUACAACCACAAGCUCUUGUCCCACAAGCAACUCUCGUUCCCCAGCCGACUCUAGUUCCCCAGCAGAAUUUAGUUCCCCGACCAACUCUACUUCCUCAACAGGCACUUGUGCCCCAACCAACUCUUGUUCCUCGACAUGUGGUUGUCCAUAGGCCUGCAGUACCUGUUCCUGGAAUGCCACAGCUGAUUCCUCAAGCUGUAGGUCUUCCUAGACCAGUGUUGAUUCCCAGACAGGGAUUUAUUCCAGGUGCUAGAUUUAUAAGAACUCCAGUCCAGCAACUACAGGAUGCUCAAGCAGCACAGUUGCGUGAAGCGCAAUUGGAAGCACAAAUGGAAGCACAAGUACAAGCUCUUCAAGAUAAUAAUGAUACUGCUGAAGAGGGUGAAGAACCAGAUAGACCACCAGGGUUCAUUGGCCCCAUACAUCCUGGACUUCCCUUGCAAGAAGUGCCUAGAGAACAGGAGCAGCAGGUCGAGUCAGAUGUUAGACCUCCUUCUCGUUCUUCUUCACGGCAGUCGGGUCACCAUGCAAUGUCUCCUCAUCCUACCAUGUCCCCACACAUACUUUCGGGAGAAGCACAAAAUCCCCAGUUGACACUCCUCCAAAUGCCAGUAGUACGUCCCAAUACUCCUGUUCCUAUGUCAAGUCCAAUGGGAGUACAGCUUGUUCGUGUUCAGACUCCACCAAGCUCUUCUAUAUCUCCUAUGCAACUAGUUCAUGUUCCAGGUCAAGGAGUUGUUAUGCAAGGCAGUAUGCCUGUUCAAGGAGUGCCCAUGCAAGCAGGCAUAGCAGGUAUACAAGGAUUGCAGGGUGUACGGGUAGUAAAUCCAGCCGGGAUAUCUGCUUCUCAGGGCACUGUCAGAGCAAUGACACCAACCGGUUUGCAAGGAGCUAUGCCAGUGAGAGUUGUUACUCCGGAAAUGCUUCAAGCUGGGACAGUAAAUAUGUCUGGUGUGAGACCAGGAAUGUCUCUAUCAGAAGCUCUACAUAUGCAAGCUUUAACAUCAGCUGCAAUUCAAGCACAAGCCAGCUCUCAGAUGGGUGUAUUGCAACCAAGGAUCGUUACGUCGAUGGCACCUCGUGGAAUAGUACCUGGUGCUGCCCCACUGGAAGGAGUGCAAGCAAUGGUACCAGGGCCUAUACCAGGUACACUCAUACCAGCAGGUGCCUUGUCUGGAGCUGUAUUACCAGGUGGAGCAGUUCCAUCUGGUGCUAUCCAAAUUGGUGGAAUACCAAGAUCGGCUAUUCCCACUGGUGCAAUUGCAGGGGGAGUAAUUCCCUCAGGAAGCCUUGCAGGAGCGGCUAUUCAAGCAGGAGCAGCUAUUCAAGCAGGGGCAGCAAUCCAAGCAGGGACAGCAAUCCAAGCAGGGGCAAUCCCAACAGGGGCGAUUCCUCCAGGAGCUUUUCCGGCAGGGGCAAUUCCAGCAGGGGCAAUACCAGCAGGGGCUAUUCCAGCUGGAGCAAUUCCUGCAGGGGCAAUUCCUGCUGGGGCAAUUCCUGCAGGGGGAAUUCCAGCAGGAGCUAUUCGUGCAGGAGCAAUUCCAGCAGGAGCGCUUCAAGCUGGGGCAAUUCCAGCAGGAGCAGUUUCAGCUGGAGCUGUUGCUGGUGGUGCAUUUACUGGAGCCUCUUUACCUGCAGAGGCAUUAUCAGGAGCUACUCCAUCAGCCUUGGUGCCAAGAGGAGCACUUCCUACUGCUGCUGCACUGCAAGGGGCACUACCAGGAAUGCAAGUUGCCAGAAUGCCCGGUGCUUUACCUGUUGGAGCAGUUCCAAUUAGAUCUGUUACACCUGGAAUGGUUCCACGUCAUGCUCCUGUUAUGGUUAGAUUGCCAGGACCACAAUUACAGGGUAUUCAUGCUGGGCCUAGGUUAGUUGGACGUUUGGGUGCCCCAGUUGUACAACAGAGAGAGUCACCAGGGUCUUCAGGUUUUCCUGGUCCAGUUAUGCAGCAGAGGGUGUCACCUCAAAUCUCUUUGCAGGAAGGAGUUAGGUUCUCCCCUUCACCUGUUCCAGUAACUGCAGCCGAGUCUUCACCUCAAGCAGUUAGUCAGCCAAUACCUUGCACAACUGCUAACGUUUCAGAAAGUCCUGCUAUGUCACCUGUACCAGUACCCCAAUCUAGCAAUCGUCCAGAAACUCCAAAUAAUAAUAUAAGGUCACCGAGAACUACCCCAAUAUCUAGAAAUCCAGAGUCUCAAAGCCCUAGACCUAUGGUACCAAUUUCAAUAAGUAUUGGAGGAGUACCGGUAAGUGUUGAAAUACCAAUGCCUGCUGAUGGUGUCAUUCAUUCGUCAUCACCUGAUCCAUCUCAAAGAAGUAUUUCUCCUACUCUUUCUGACACUGGAUCAAAUAUGCUGUUGCAUAGAAACCCACGACCCCCCAUGAUGAGACCGCCAAGAUUUCAAGGGCCAGGAAUCCCUUUUGCCAUGAGAGGUGCAAUGGAACAGAUGAUUAGACCACCCAUGAGACCUAUGGCACCUGAUGCAGUAAUGAGGGCAGGUAUGCAAAGUACAAGACCAGAAAUGUCUGAAGUAGGACCAAUCCCUCUGCGAGCCCCUGGAAUGCCACCAGGAAUAAGGCUACCAAUACCUGCUAGUAUGCAAGAAGAGUUGCGAGGUGUACCUCGACUUCCUCCAGGUGCUGUCCGCUUCCCUCCUGGUACAGUUCGCCUACCACCAGGUGCUGUUCCACCAGGAGCUGUUCGUCCCCCACAAGGUCAAAUUCCUCAUCCACCAGGUGGUAUCCCACCAGGUGCAGUCCGUCUGCCUCAGGGUGCCUUUCCACCAGGUGGAAUUCGUCCUCGACCCGGCCAAGUUACUCCGGGUCCUGCUCCUCCUGGUGCAAUACGUUUGCCUCCAGAUGCAGUUCGCUUGCCUCCAGGUGCAACUCCACCACCAGGUGCAAUUCGUAUGGUUCCAGGUGCAAUGCGUCCUCCACCAGGUGCAUUCCCCCCAAGAGCAAUGCCUGGUGGUGCAUUGCGUCUUCCACCUGGUGGUGUGGGGUUUCCACCUGGUGGUGUGGGGUUUCCACCAGGUGGUCCUAGAAUGCCACUCUCUGCUGCUGCUCUAAUGGGAAAGCCUAUAAUCAAGCCAAAUGACCCUAGAUUCCCGUAGAUGUUUGCACAAGUUAGUGAUAAAAUAUGGCACUUAAUGUGUGCUUGAGACUGAUUUCAAGUGCUGCACUGUAAGUGCAAUCACUGGAAUCUCAACUGAAAGUGUGAUAAUUUCCCUCCUAAUAAUAUGGUACAGCAUGCAAAUAAAAGAAAUUGAUAUAUGUCUUGUACAGUAUGUAGUCCUGAUUAUCUGUUGUGGGUUUUAAAUUUUAGGGUGGUUUUCGGAGAGGGUUUAUUGGCAAAGGGAAACAUUUUGAUUUGUUUCAUUGUAUAAUAGCGUUACUUCAUUUUGCUAUACAUGUAUAUACAUAACUAAUUU